GCUAUAGCAGAGAUGCAUGCAAAGUGCUCUGGGAGGAGCCCCAUCUCCACAUGAGGCAGUUGAACGACGUUUCAGCUGAGUCUUGACAUCUGAAGGUCUAGUGAUAGCUGGGUGCAGGAAUAUUGUGCAGGAGGGCCAUGUGUCCUGGACCAUGAAGAAGGAUGACUUCUGACUGCUCCUCCACGCACUGCUCUACUGAGUCCUGUACCACGGCUUCCGGUUGUGCACCUGCCUCAAGCUGUUCCAUGGAAACAGCCUGUCUCCCCGGUGCCUGUGCUACAUCCCAAUGUCAGACUCCAAGCUUCCUAUCCAGGUCUCGCGGGCUGACCGGUUGCCUCCUGCCAUGCUACUUUACUGGGAGUUGUAAUAGUUGCUGCUCGGUGGGGAACUGUGCCUGGUGUGAGGAUGGGGUCUUCACUAGCAAUGAGAAGGAGACGAUGCAGUUCCUGAAUGACAGACUCGCCAACUAUCUGGAGAAGGUGCGCAGCCUGGAGGAGACCAACGCAGAGCUGGAAUCCAGGAUCCAAGCACAAUGUGAACAGGAUAUCCCAAUGGUGUGCCCCAAUUAUCAGCGUUACUUCAACACCAUUGAAGAUCUCCAACAGAAGAUCUUAUGCACGAAAGCAGAGAAUUCUAGACUUGCUGUACAGCUUGACAACUGCAAACUGGCCACUGAUGACUUUAAGUCAAAGUACGAGAGUGAACUGUCCCUUCGCCAGCUGUUAGAGGCUGACAUCAGCAGCCUGCAUGGGAUCCUGGAUGAACUGACCCUGUGCAAAUCUGAUCUGGAGGCCCAUGUGGAGUCUCUGAAGGAAGAUCUCCUUUGCCUUAAGAAAAACCAUGAAGAGGAAGUCAGCUUGCUUCGUGGACAGCUUGGCGACCGCCUCAGUGUGGAGUUGGACGCUGCCCCCACCCUUGACCUCAACAGGGUCCUGGAUGAGAUGCGCUGUCAGUAUGAAACGGUGCUUGCCAACAAUCGCAGAGAAGCUGAAGAAUGGUUCGCUGUUCAGACAGAAGAGCUGAAUCAGCAGCAACUGUCCAGUGCGGAGCAGCUGCAGGGCUGCCAGACGGAGAUCUUGGAACUGAAACGCACAGCCAAUGCUCUGGAAAUUGAGCUCCAAGCACAGCAAAGCCUGACAGAAUCUCUGGAAUGCACCGUGGCAGAAACCGAGGCCCAGUACAGCUCCCAGCUGGCCCAGAUUCAGUGUCUGAUUGAUAACGUGGAGAACCAGCUGGCCGAGAUCCGCUGCGACCUGGAGCGACAGAACCAGAAGUACCAGGUACUCCUGGAUGUGAAGGCCCGGCUGGAGGGUGAGAUCAACACAUACCGGGGCCUGCUGGACAGCGAGGACAGCAGGCUUUCCUGUAACUCAUGUUCGACCACAUGCACCUCGAGCAACACUUGUGAGCCAUGCUCAGCCUAUGUCAUCUGCACAGUUGAAAACUGCUGUUCGUGAAUGUUAAGGACAGCAGGGUAGAGGAAUCAAAGCCAGCAGCGUCAUAGAAAGGAGAUGGGGCUUCAACCAGGGACAUCCAAACCGGAAGCACAAAUCCAGGGGGCUCUCAUAUCCUGCAAUUGCCCUCCAGGCAUCCUCAGUCUUUCUAUUUUACUAUUUCCUCUCCUUCCGGCUUAUUUGUGGUAUGCUGGGAGCCCAUAAAGCAUUCUUGCUCAUCU